GGGGAGGAGGCGUGGCUCGUUUCCCGUGGCAACGCUCCUCGGGGUCUGUGCUGUCAGCGCCCGCGUGGCGGGCGUUGCUAGGUAACGCGCGCGGCUGAAAGGCCUACGUUGCCCUGAGGCCGCGCUUGGCGUUCAAUAGACCUGUAGCCGGGGCAGGGGCAAGAUCGGAGUGGGCCCUGCUCAGCCCUCUCGCCCGAGUGCAAAGAAAGAACCUUCCCGCGAUGCGAGAUUUGCCUUCACUGGAUCACAAGUUGAGCAUAUAAGAUUAAUUUCCUCAGAUCAAGAAACAUGUCUGAUGAAGAUAUCAAUACUUUAGCCUAUACCAAAAGCCCAAAGUUCUCCAAAAGAACCACUUUUCAGGAUGAACUACAAGAAGCACUUCUUGCUCGCGCAGCAAAACAGCAAUCUUCUGAAUAUUCGGAAGAUUUUGAAAGUGAUGAAGAAGGUUCAGAGGAGGAGUUUCCUGAAACACUGGAAAACACCCCAAAGAAAUCAAUUUCCUUUGCAACAUCCAAGUAUAAUCUUCGCAAUAUGAGCACUUUGAAAAGAGAAAGUGUAGAUGACUUGUCUUCGUCAGAUGAAGAUGAGAGACCUCAAUAUGUGUCCAGGUUUGAGAGAGAGAUUUUGAGUGACGAGAGGCAAGCUGAACAUUCUGGGUCAGGUGAAGGGAGUGCAGCAAAAACAUCCAUUUCAUUUAAAGUAUCUCUGCCAGAUCACUACUCUUUUGGAAAAAAACAUGCUGAUGACUUGAUUUUGACAGAAGCUGAAGAGAAGAGACCUCAAGAAACAGCCAUGCUGGAGAGUAAACAUCGGAUUGAAGAGAGGCAAGAAGAUGACUCAGUUUCUGAAGAAGCGUCAGGUUUUGAAGAAGAAGGUGAUCAGCAGGAAGAGGAACCAAUAUUUGAUUUGCAGAUAGAGAGGGAGGAUACAGUUCAGUGCAAAACUGAAAUCAAGCCAGUGCCAAGGCCAAGGGAAUUUAAGACCAAGGCAGCAUCAGCAUCAGCUGAGAAUAUUAGCAUUCCCGCGCGAUAUGAUUAUGCAAAGCCAUCUUCUCAACCUAGGAGUGUUUUGAGAAAAAGCAGCCAUGUGGAGGAUUACGAAGGAACUAAGGCGGAGGAUAGGACAUCUCACAGCCACAGAUUUUCACUGUCUGCACCAUCUUCUGAAACAAGGCUAAAUGAUCAAUUGAAGAAAUCUGAAAAUAGAGCACUUUCUGAAAGUCCUGGUCCUGAGGGCCCCUGGAUUGCAAGCUCCUCAUCCCCAUUCCCUAUUCAUUUUUCAUCAGUGGAUGAGAGAACUGGAGAUUCCAAUUUGGCAAUAUCUGCAGAAGAAUCUUCUUCAAAAGAUGAACAGAAAGAAACUGAUAACUGCAAUGAUCUGAAAUUGCUGGAAAGUGGCAGAGAAUCCCCUUCUGUGAUAGAACUAAUGAUGACAACAGUUUAUGAGAAAAAUAAAAAACUUCACAAGUCAACUGAGGAUUAUCUGGAAGGAAAGCUGCAGACAUUAGAACACAGUGCCGUUGAGGAUGGAUCAAAUGAGACAACAAAGGAGAAUAAAUUUGAACAAAAGGCAGCACUAAGUACUUCAAAGGCUGUGCUGGGUACUUCAAAGGAUUCGUUAAAGGAGGAAGGUGAAGAAAAAGAGACAGGUCCACAAAAAGCAAAAUCUCCAAUAAGCAGAUCUUUCAGCUCUACCUACUUGAAGAAAACUGGGAAGCACUCCCCCAUCCCAAUAAGUACAUCAUCUCAGUAUUUGGGAACAUUAAAGGUCUUGGACAAUAAGCAUUUGCAAAAAUUCAGUGCUGAACUUGACAAAGCAGAUAGUUUACGGGCAGCUGUCUACCAGGACUGGUUGGAAAAGAAAAGAAUCUUUCUGUUGGAACUACAAAGAAUAAAAAGAAACAAAGCUGAGAACUUGAGGGAAAAGAAUGAGAAGGAAGCAGCUGCUAAGAAAGAAGAAGCACUUGCAUCCUUUGAAGCCUGGAAGGCCAUGAAAGAAAAAGAAGCAAAAAAACUGGCGGAGAAGAAAAGGCUAGAAGAGGCCAAGAAAAAGAUGGAAGCAGAACUGAAUGAGAAGAAGAAGGAAGAGGCCCAAAAGGCAGCUUUUGAGAAAUGGAAAGAAAAGAAAGCUGAAUAUUUAAAACAACAAAUAGAAAGGAAGAAAAGAGUUGAAAGAUUAAAGAAGAAGAAAGAAGAGGAGGUUGUUGCAGAGAAGAAGAAAGACAGCACAUCCGCUGUUGAAAAAUGGAACGAGAAAAAAGAGGAAUUCCUGAAGCAAAAGAAAAAAGAAAAAACCCAAGAAAGAAGAAAACAAAUAGAACAAGAAGUUGAGAAGGAAGAAAAGGAUAAAAGAGCAAUAGAAGAAUAUGAAAAAUGGCUGGAGAAGAAAGAAAUUAACCAGAUGAUACAGACAAAGCAAAAGAAACUCCAGGUUAUCCUUGAAGAUGAAACUCCACCUCCAUGGAGCCCACCUGGCAAAGUUGUUUCUUCAAGAAGCUACUGAGAUGCCCAGCACCAUGAGGAAAAGUUCCAACCUUCUGCCAUCGUCUAAUCACCGUUAUUGCACAACAUCUGAUUUUAACAUGAAUUGAAAUUGGCUCUUUCAUUCUUUCAGUGUAGGUGGUGAUUUGGCUCUUUGGUAUGGGAAUGCCAUCUGUCCUAAAGACGUGGUGCUCAGUGUGUAGCACACCAUUCCCCAGAAUGCAAGCUGCACGUUUUAUAGCACUACGCUAAGUAGGUCAGGGUGGGUUUUUUCAUCAACGUGAUCAGCAGAUUAAAAAAUACUGAGUGCAGUAGUAAACAGAAGCGGCUGUAGCACACCGUUGUUGAUGGAAAGAUAUUUGGAAUACCGAAAGGGCAAUAAUUUUCAAUUAGAGAGGAGCAGUUUAAGGAGCUGUGAUUUGUCCCAAAAGUGCUUCUUAAAGCCUUAGAAAAUCCUCUUAAAUUACAGUGAGCUAACAUUUUGUGAUGUAAGGUUUUAUUUUAUUAUAUACCACCAUAAGGGCUCUUGAGGUGGGUCCCGGCAAUAAAAACAUAAUCCUGAUAGAAUAAAUAUUAGAGAACAGCAGAACCACUAUAAAAAUAUGCAAAAGAAAAGCAGUAGCCAGAAAAGUUAACAUACGGCUAAAACUCAUAAAACCUAACAAAAGAAAGACAUCUUGACUGCCUGCCUAGAAAGCAUCAACAAAUGGGUUAGUCCAAAUGAAUGAAGAGAACUUCUUUAGGGGAGGGUUGGCAGUGACAGGGGCCCAAUGUGUGGCUGCUGUGAGAAAGCUGAGCUACGUGUCGCAGAUCAGAAAAGGAGUUGAAAACGAAGCAGCCAAUAUAAUGUUUGAAUACAAACCUGUAUGCAACUGCACUUGGAAUACUGUGUAGACUUGUUGUCAGUGCACCUCAAAAUUCACAGUGUAGACCAGGAUAAGGGUGUAGAAAGGGCAACCCAAAUGAUCAGUGGGCUGGAGCAAGCAACUCCCUCAAUAGGAAAGGUGACAACAUUUGGGCUUUUUGAGUUUAGAAGAAAGGUGAGGAGGGGGAAGGACAUGAUAGAGGUGUGCCAGAUUGCACAGUGUGGAGAAGAUGGUUUGACUGGGACUAGGAACCCAGGUCAUCCAAUGAAGCUGAAUGGUGGGAGAGACAGCGAACUCCUCUUGCAGACAGCCCAUAGGUAUACUGUGGAAUUUGGUACCACAAGAUACAGUAUCAUGAUCACCACCAACUUGGACGGUUUUAAAGGGAUUGGACAAAUGCAGGGAGGAUCAGUGGCUGCUAGUCAUGAUUCCUAUUUUACUUCCAGUAUCAGAGGCAGUAUACUUCUGAAUACUAGCUUCUGGGGAAAUACUGUUGCACAAAAGGAUUCUUCACACUGCUGGCUGUAUUUCCCUAUACACGAUGCUAUAAAAUUAAAAAUAGAUGCUUGCAUGUGUGAACAGACCUUCAGCUGCAAUCUGUAGCAAAUGGCUCCCAGGGUUUAUCCACCGUAAGCGGCUAGAUGAACCAGGCAUGCACAUUUACUAUAAUACAUAUUAAAAAUAUAUUUUUUACAUGAAAUCCAUAAUUUAAUAUGUUCUUUUCAGGCCUGUGUGGAUCUAAAAGCUUGAUCUAAA